CAGAGGAAACAGCAGCGCAUGUUAAAAAAAUAAUAUUAAUAUCUAGCAUUAUCUGUAAAAUUUAUCGAGGAAAUAUCUUAUCGACAAUGCCACUGCAGCUGUUUAAAUUGUUGCUACCGUUGCUGCUGUUGAAAAGCCUGAAAGUGUCUGCCGAGUCGCCACAAUGCUUUCAUUUCACCUGGCUAGGACCCUAUGAGAACAAAACGAAUCUUCCCAAGGAGAGUUGCGAGGCAAGAGUCGGUGACUUUAAUGAAAUACCUUGUGAGAUGCCCCUGGUGGCCACUUACAAUGAUACUGUGCCGGAUGUGAAGGCUCUCUGGCAGAACGAUACAUUAAAUCGUGAGCAUUAUUUGUGCCAAAUGUCGCCCGGAUACUCCUGUGUCAAAUACUCGUACAUAUUCAAGGGCGGCAUACAAAACAUAACGUAUAUGUGCGCCAAGGUGAAUAGCACAAAUGGAUGCUAUCGACAAACACAUUCAUCGGGUAUGCAGGUCGAGGCUUGUGUCUGCACCUCCCGAGUGGGUCUUAUACCCUGUAAUGGCUGUGCAACAACGAAGACUAUACAUGUUUUGGGCUUGGCCUUAGCUUUGUUCAGCAUUUUUAUUAUUGUCAAAUAAACAUGAAAGUAAUGUACUCGA